AUGUGUUCCACUGGAGGGCCUGAUGGAUUGUUCACCAACCUAGGCCUUUAUCUUACGAGGACGAUCAACUCCAACCCCGACAGCAAUAAGCCUAUAUGUAAAGCUGAAGGUCCGAAGCAAAUCGAAAGGAACACGCGCCUUAAACACACCGGGCCUUCACCAGCCGCUGCCGCUAAGGCAUUAUCCCGAAGCUCGGGGUUCAGGGUUUUACCCCGCUCCCAAACCCCGGGGUUCAGGACUCGGGACAUGCCCAACCAAAGCCCCGAAACCCCGGGGCUCUCAGUUAUGGGUUUUACCCUGAAGCCCCGGGGCUCGUUCCUCGGGACGGCCCUCUAA